CGGAGGGGAGGGAGCGAGUGCACAAGCUGUACUGGCCUCACAUGGCGAAAGCUGCAGGGGGUGGUGGUGGCCAUGGCUGGCUGGCCCCGCGCCACUUUUUUGUUCUUCUCUCCCCCUCCAUCCACCCGCUUUUGAGCUCCUCCUCUCCUCUCCCUGUGUGCGCUGCCGAUCUGUGCGCGUGAGCUGUGACGACGCCUGCCCCCUCUCGCUUUCCCUCCCAGCUCAGCUCAUGGCCGCCCUGUUCGUCCUAGAGAGAUAAAGAGGAGAGAGAGAGAGAGAGAGAGUUAUUGGGAAGGGAGAGGCAAUGUGGUGGCUGUGCUGCGUUCUUCACGGAGGUCUUGCGACGCGAGGCCGCACUCUCUUCUCCGUGUAGACGAUGAAUUCGACGCGACCAGCAAUCUGCAACUUGACGAGCUGCCGACCUAUGAAAAGCAGCAUUUGGUGGUAACUCGGAAAGCAGGAGUUUCAGCUCUGAUCUGCUGAACAGUUCAUGGUUAUGGAUCGUACUAGUUGGCUCUGGAGGCGCAAGCCGUCAGACAAGAGCCCUGGAGGCACCGAGAACACCGUUUCUGUGUCGUCACAUUCUGAGCAUUACUCUGAUGAUCAGGAGAUUCUGAGGCCUGUCUCAAACAAUGCUCCACCACAUCCUGGCCAAUUAACUGGAAUAUCUUCACGGAUUAGGGAUGAUGGGACCCAAGAGUCUGGAGACAGCAAACCCGUGAAUGAUAAGUUAGUAUUGGGAGUGAAACUAAAUGAUUCUUCUCCACAGCAUGGCCAAUCACCACAGCCGCAGUCGUCUUCAAAUGUCAAAGAUGAAGAUGUCAAGGAGAACUUGAAGAGUUUGAAUGAAAAACUUGCUGCUGCACUUUUAACAAUUAAUGCUAAAGAGGACUUGGUGAGGCAGCACGCCAAAGUCACAGAAGAGGCUGUUUUGGGUUGGGAACAAGCUGAAUCUGAAGUUACUGCCCUGAAGAAGCUACUUGAAGCUUCAGCACAGAAGAAUGGUUCUCUCGAGGUUCAAGUUGGCCACUUAGCUGAAAAAAAUGCUUCUCUCGAGGUUCAAGUCAGCCACUUAGACGAGGCCCUAAAGGAAUGUGUCAGGCAGCUGCACCUAGCACGGGAAGAUCAGAAGGAGAAAGUCCGUGAUGUAGUUACCAAAUCCCAGGAGUUGGAGUCUGAGAACUCAAAGCUCCAAAACUGCAUCACUGAGCUGACGAAGCAGCUGGAAGCCAUGAAAAUAGAAGCCUCCAACAUGUCUAUAGAGCAUGACCUGCAAGAAAAGUUUCAGGAAAUUAAGAAAGAGAACUUGGAUGUCAAGUCCAAGCUUCUUGUACAGUCCAAGGAUCUAAAGAUACUAUCACUGGAAAGAGACUUGAGCAAUCAAGCAGCGGAGACAGCAAGUAAGCAACAUUUGGAAAGUGUGAAAAAAAUUGCAAGGCUUGAGGCAGAGUGCCGCAGAUUACAUCAUCUAACUUGCAAAACAACAUUAAUUAAUGAUUCUAGGCCUCUGGCAAGCAAUAAUUGUGUGGAAUCACUAACUGAUAGCCACUCUGACAGUGCUGAACGUAUGGCUGCUGUUGAUAAUGAACUGCGAAAUUCUGACUCGUGGGCAUCUGCUCUGGUAGCCGAGCUUGAUCAGUUCAGGAGUGGCAAAGCUGAUGAGAAAAAUCUUGUGAAUAAUCCUGUUGAAAUUGACCUAAUGGAUGACUUUCUUGAGAUGGAAAGAUUAGCUGCAUUGCCUGAAUCAGACCGCACAAGCUCUACCUUCGAUAUGGAAACAGAUUCUGAUAAAGCUGUGACCCGAAACAACUCCACUAAACUUGAAACUGAAGAAUUGAGGAACCAGGUGGCUGAUUUGCAUGCACAGGUUGAGAAUAUUGAAUGUGAAAAAAAGGAGCUCGAGAUAGCGCUAAUGGAAGCAAGAAAUCAACUUGACAUCUCCUGCAAUGCACUAGUGGCAGCUAAGAACAGGCUAGUUGAAAUGGAAAUGGAGUUGGACUCGGCAAAUGAAUCCAAGCAUGCUACUUUGGGGGAUUUGGAGAGAUUGAGCUCGGAGAAGAAGGCUUUGGAAUUUCAACUGGAGUCUAAAUCUGUACAAGUAGAGGAGUUACUUCUGGUGGUGGCUUCAUUGGAUGAAAAUGCAGAAAGGAAAGAAUUGGAGUCACAAUUAGAACAGCUUUCAGUGGAAGUCAAAGAGCUUCGUCUGACUGUAACAUCAUUAGAAGAGAGGAUUGAAGCUGAAAGGGUUCUUUCCAUGCAGCACCAAGCAACAGCAGAGGCUGCAUGUAAUGCAAAAGAAUCAUUGGAGGGACAGCUGCACUCAGCUAACACUGAAGUAGGGAGAUUGCGUGGCAUUGUCAAAGAUCUGGAGGAUGAAGUAGAAAAAGAGAAGGUGAGGCAGGAAGAACUCACAGCUGAAUUAGAAAUGGAGAUUGAAACAGCUGUUGGGGCUGUUAAAGAAUCAUUGCAAGCACAACUUUGUUCAGCAAACACUGAAGUAGAGAGACUACAUGGCAUAGUUCAGGCACUAGAGAAUGAUGUUGAAAAAGAGAAGGCACUACAUAAAGAACUGACAGCACAAUUAGAGGUGAAGAUUGAAGAAGAGAGAACUCGUUCUGUCCAGACUGUUAAGGAAUCAAUGGAGGCACAGCUAUGUUCAUCAAACACUGAAGUACUGAAACUGCGUAACAUUGUUAGAGCACUACAGAAUGAGGUAGAAAAAGAGAAGGCACUGCAUGAAGAUCUUGCAGCACAGUUGGAGAUGAAGAUCGAAGCAGAGAGAACUCUUUCUGUGGAUGCUUUUAAAGAAUCAUUUCAGGCAGAACUCCAGUCAGUAAACUCAGAAGUAGUGAAGCUGCGUGGUACGAUGACUGCACUUGAGCAUGAGGUGGUAAAGGAGAAGACAUUUUCUGCAGAGCUUCAAAUGCAGCUAGAAGCUGUGGAGGCUAUAAAAAGGGUGUUGGAGUCCGAGGUUGAGUCUGCACUUCAGGAUAACAGAAAGCUCAAUGAGAAGGUGGAAACUUUUGAAGCAAAACUCAAGAAACAGGUAUCUUCAGCAGUGGAAUUCACUGCAAAGGAAGAAGCCAUGCAGUCAGAGAGAAGGGCAAUGAAGCAACAACUUGAUGCAGCAAAGAUGGAAGUUGGAAAUCUGACAAACAAGGUGAGCUUGCUCCAAGGGGAGCUGUUGCAGGAGAGAUUGUUAUCAGAAGAGUUCGAACAAGAAUACCGCAAGCUAGAGGCUCGGUUAUCGAGGGAUAGUCGGGAUGCAAAGCUCUGGCGACUUGCAAAUUCGAAUGGUGGUCUGAAGGCCAAGCAGGAGAAGGAGCUUGCGAGCGCUGCCGGGAAGCUCGCGGAGUGCCAGAAGACCAUAGCUUCUCUUGGACGUCAGUUGAAAUCACUGACAGACAUCGACAACAUGAUUGUGGAGCCUGAAAGGCUUGAACCCAGAGAAAUCAGAGAAAUGCCUCUUGACUUUAGAAACAGUGACGCUGACUUUGCAGUAUUUGCAGAUGAAUUGUAUGAUUUCGACCUUCCAAAGAGCAACAGCAGCUGCUUUUCACCGCUACCAUCGAUCCAGCCCUCUUCCCCACCCGAAGAAAUGUCAGUGUUUGCAGGGGGGCUGUCUUCACUUAGUAGUUUCAGAAGCAAAAGAAGAAAGUAAGAGCUGGCGAAGAAAUUGUCCAGAUGCCACUAACAGUUCAUGGAUGCUCUCAUCUUUAGGUAGAUCCGUGUACAUUUACAGAAGCUGAUUGUUAGAUUCGUGUGCUGAAUUCCAUUCCAGCAAGCUCAGUUUUUACAGCCUGCUUGAUGAGAUUUUACUGUAUCAGUGUUGGCUGUUUGCUGCCAAAAAAAAGGAAGAAGAAGAAGAAGAAGAAAAAAUGUAAGCUCAGUAUCAGUGUGAGACUGCAGAAGUGCAGAUACAUUGUGUAUUUGUGUUGUGCGGCUUAUACUUGCUGUGUGAUCAUAUUACCAA